GACAAAGAAAAAUAUAAACUAUUCUGGAAUGGUCAAAAGACGGCCAAAAAUGGUGUUGGAAUUUUUGUCAGAGAACCGCUGGCUCUAAAAGUACUGGAUAUUAAAAGGAUUAAUUCACGUUUCAUGUGGAUCAAGCUUUGCCUAGAAAAGCAAACAAUGAUUAUUCUUUCUGCAUAUGAACCACAAACAGGGGAAUCAGAAAAGAUAAAAACUGACUUCUGGGCUGCGUUCUCAGACACCAUCUCAACAAUAUCAAAAUUUGAAACAAUCCUAAUUGGAGGCAAUCUCAACGGCUACGUUGGAAAAAAAACAGAUGGUUUUGAUAACGUACAUGGCGGUUUUGGCUAUAGAGAAUGA